AUGUCUUCCUACGGUGGUGGUGGCUACGGCUCCCGCGGCGGCGGCGGCGGCGGAUACUCGAGCGGUUAUGAUCGCAACGGUGGAGGAUAUUCUAACGGUUACUCGUCUCAUGGUGGAUCUGGUGGCUACUCCGGUGGCGGCGGUUACGGCGGCGGCGGCGGCGGCGGCGGCUACGGCGCCGGUGGUGGCUACGGCGGAGGCUACGGAGGCGGCGGUGAUCGCAUGUCCAAUCUGGGUGCAGGUCUGCAGAAGCAGACCUGGAACAUGGAUACCCUGCCCAAGUUCGAGAAAUCGUUCUACCAGGAGCACCCCAGCGUCGCAGCCCGCUCGCAGGCAGAGGUCGACAAGUUCCGUCGCGAUCACGCCAUGACCGUCGCGGGUCGUGAUGUUCCUAAACCCGUUGAGACGUUUGACGAGGCCAACUUCCCUCGCUACGUGAUGGAUGAGGUCAAAGCGCAGGGCUUCCCCGCUCCGACUGCCAUCCAGUCUCAAGGCUGGCCGAUGGCGCUUUCCGGUCGUGAUGUCGUCGGUAUUGCCGAGACUGGCUCCGGCAAGACGCUGACCUACUGUCUCCCAGCGAUCGUUCACAUCAACGCUCAACCUCUUCUCGCUCCCGGCGACGGCCCGAUUGUGCUGGUCCUGGCUCCCACACGUGAGCUGGCUGUUCAGAUCCAGCAAGAGAUCACCAAGUUCGGGAAGUCAUCUCGUAUUCGCAACACUUGCGUUUACGGCGGUGUGCCCAAGGGCCCUCAGAUCCGUGAUCUCCAGCGCGGCGUCGAGGUGUGCAUUGCCACCCCCGGCCGGUUGAUCGACAUGCUCGAGUCCGGCAAGACCAACCUCCGUCGCGUCACUUACUUGGUUCUCGAUGAAGCGGAUCGCAUGCUCGACAUGGGUUUCGAGCCUCAGAUCCGCAAGAUCAUCGGCCAGAUCCGGCCUGACCGUCAAACUCUCAUGUGGUCGGCCACCUGGCCCAAGGAGGUCCGGAACCUGGCUUCCGACUUCCUGACUGAUUUCAUUCAGGUCAACAUUGGUUCCAUGGAUCUGGCUGCGAACCAUCGCAUCACCCAGGUUGUCGAGGUGGUCUCGGAGAGCGAGAAGCGCGACAAGAUGAUCAGGCACCUCGAAAAGAUUAUGGAGGGCAAGGACAAUCAGAACAAGAUCCUCAUCUUCACAGGCACCAAACGUGUGGCUGACGACAUCACCCGCUUCCUUCGCCAGGACGGCUGGCCGGCGCUUUCAAUCCAUGGUGACAAGCAACAGAACGAGCGUGACUGGGUGUUGGAUCAGUUCAAGACCGGAAAGAGCCCAAUUAUGGUCGCCACUGACGUUGCGUCGCGUGGCAUCGAUGUGCGCAACAUUACUCAUGUGCUCAACUAUGACUACCCCAACAACUCGGAGGACUAUAUCCACCGCAUUGGCAGAACUGGCCGUGCCGGCGCCAAAGGCACAGCCAUCACCUUCUUCACCACUGACAAUGCUAAGCAGGCCCGUGACCUCGUGGGUGUCCUCCAGGAGGCUAAGCAGCACAUUGAUCCACGUCUCGCCGAGAUGGCUCGCUACAGUGGUGGUGGUGGAAGCGGCCGAUAUGGCGGCUACCGUGGCCGCGGCGGUGGUGGAUUCCGUGGUGGACGUUCAGCCGGCGCUAAUGGCGCCAAUGCAAUGCCCGUUGGUAACCGCCGCUGGUAAAGAACCUGGACGAUGAAAACGGCGACGUUUUGCGCGACGCUUUCACGUAAGCGUUGCUCGCGAUUUAGAUCAUUUCGUGAACUGGUCUGUCGAACCAGUGGCAUACGGCAUUCGGACAUCAUGGCGUUCGGCAUAGAGGGCUCUUCCUUAGAGGUUGCUUCGUGGCUCAAGUAGCCACUGCUUUUGUUGUUUGUUUUAUGUCACUACUCGGCUUGGGAUGAAGGCGGCCGAUUCCUUCUCACGAGACGACGAGGCGUUCCUGGGCUGGCUAGAGCUCACUAAGGAUCCUACCGUCUCCCAG